AUGCUGGUGAUCCGUCAGAAGCCACACAAGUUGUUGAGGAAAAUUAGGAAUUACUACGAUUAUAGGUACAUUUCGGCAUGUGAGGCAGUCUGGCGUCUAUUUAGAUACGAAAUCCAAGAGAAAGAACCAUUUGUGAUUAGACUUCCAUUCCAUUUGGUGGAUGAGCAACAUGUGGUUUAUGGUGAAACUUCUAAUGUGAAUGAUAUCGUCGAAAGAGCAAUAUCUCAUAAGUCCAUGUUUUUGGGAUGGAUGGCGGCGAACAUGUCAUAUCCCUAUACUCGAAAAUUAACAAUGUCAGAUGAUGAGAUUAAGCAGUUGUGCUUAAUGGAUAUAGACAAGAUCUUACGUUCCUAUGGUAAAACCUUGAAAGACUAUCCUCCAAUGCCUUUUGCAACUGAAAUUGAUAGUUCUUUGUUAACCGAAAGGGGGAGUUUUUUCUUUGUGUAUGGUCAUGGGGGUACUGGAAAAAUAUUUCUCUGGAACCUUAUGUCUGCUGAGAUUCGCUCAAGGGGUGAUAUAGUGUUAAACGUUGCUCCGAGUGGUAUUGCAUCUUUACUUCUUCCCAAUAGAAGAACGGCACACUCAAGGUUCAAAAUACCGCUGAACAUAACUGAAGAUUCUGUAUGUAACAUCAAACCUGGUUCCCCUCAAGCAAUGUUGCUGUUGAAAGCCAAACUUAUAAUUUGGGAUGAGACUCCAAUGGUUAGUAGGUACUGCUAUGAAGUGCCUGAUAAAUGCUUGGGUGAUAUCAUGAGGUGUUCUCCAACAUAUAGCAAAGAUUUGCCCUUUGGAGGAAAAGUGGUUGUACUAGGUGGAGACUUUAAACAAAUUCUUCAUGUCAUUCCACGAGGAUCGAGACAAGAUAUAGUUCAUUCAACCGUGAAUUCGUCUUACCUUUGGAAGUUUUGUCAGGUGCUCAAACUAACAAAAAACAUGAGACUCUCUGUAGAGACGACUGCUUCAGAUCAAGAUGAGACAGAGCAAUUUGGUGAGUGGUUAUUGAAAGUUGGUGAUGGUCUAAUAGGUGACAAUAUGGAUGUGAAUAUGAGAUAUGUCUUCCAGGAGAUAUUUGGUCUUUGUAAUGGUACAAGGCUACAAGUUAGGAAAUUUGGAAAUCAUGUCAUAGAAUGUGAAGUCUUAACGGGUAACAAUGUUAGUCAUAUUGCUUUGAUUCCAAGAAUGAAUAUGGUACCAACAAAUGAAACCGUCCCAGUUAGAUUCCAACGAAGACAGUUUCCUAUAAUAGUAUCGUUUGCUAUGACAAUUAACAAGUCUCAGGGACAAACUUUAUCUCAUGUUGGAUUGUGCUUUCCCAAACCAAUUUUUACACAUGACCAAUUAUAUGUGGCACUUUCAAGAGUUAAGAGUAAGAGAGGUUUAAAAGUUUUACUUAUGAAUCACGUAGGAAUAUCUGCAAAUUCAAUCAUCAAUGUUGUUUAG